AUGCCAUCACCCCUUCCUUUUAACUGUUUUCUUUCUUUUGAGUUUUCCCCAUCUGCAGAUUUGCGGCCCUGCAGCAGCCCUUUAGUUAUCCCUGGCAAAGACAGCAAAAGCUUCUUGGGGGGAAGUACUUCAGUCAGGACUCGCCGCCUGCCUCCGCGCCUGGCCUGGUGCUCCAUUGAUUGGGAUCAGCUCUGCCUCCUACAGCCCCUAGGCUCUGGAGGAUUCGGUUCUGUCUAUAAAGCCACCUACCAUGGUGCCACUGUGGCUGUGAAGCAGGUGAAGAAGAGCAGCAAAAACUGCCUGGCAUCACGACAGAGCUUCUGGGCUGAGCUGAACGUAGCCAGGCUGCAGCACAACAACGUGGUACGUGUGGUGGCUGCCAGCACGUGUGCUCCAGCCAGCCAGAACAGCCUGGGCACCAUCAUCAUGGAGUACGUGGGCAACAUCACCCUGCACCACGUGAUUUAUGGUACUGGUGAUGUGUGGAGACAGCGGGAGGAUGACGAAGGAGGAUGUGGAAGGAAGGCUUCAAGCUUGGAACAGACUAUGUGCCAUUCCUGUGACAUUAUGACUGGCUUAGCAUUUCUCCACUCCCAGGGUAUUGUGCACUUGGACCUGAAGCCUGCAAAUGUCUUCAUCACUGAGCGGGGAGUGUGCAAGAUUGGAGACUUUGGGUGCUCCCAGAAACUGGAUGAGGGCUUGUCCCAGAGUCCCCACGCUUGCCAGCAAGGGGGCACGUACACCCACCGUGCUCCCGAGCUUCUCAAGGGGGAGAGAGUCACCACCAAAGCAGACAUCUACUCCUUUGCCAUCACCCUCUGGCAACUCGUCGCACGGGAGCAGCCUUAUGUGGGCGAGCGGCAGUACGUGCUCUAUGCUGUGGUAGCCUACAACUUACGCCCUUCGCUGGCCGCUGCUGUCUUCCAUGAGUCACCAGUGGGCCAGAGGCUCCACAGCAUCAUUAGCUGCUGCUGGAAGGCUGUGGCAGAGGAGCGCCCUAGUGCAGCCCAGCUGCUCCCCAGCCUCAGGGCCCUCAAGGGCAGCUCCUAG